CCGCGAACUCCCGGGCGCGCCCAGACGCCGCGCACGCGCAGACCCAGCGCCGAGCCCGAGCCAUGGCGUCCGAACGGCUCCCUAGCAGGCCCGCCUGUCUGCUCGUGGCCAGCGGCGCCGCCGAAGGUGUGUCGGCCCAGUCCUUCCUCCACUGUUUCACGAUGGCCAGCACCGCCUUCAACCUGCAGGUGGCCACCCCUGGGGGGAAAGCCAUGGAAUUUGUGGAUGUGACUGAGAGCAAUGCACGCUGGGUGCAAGACUUCCGCCUCAAGGCUUACGCCAGCCCCGCCAAGCUCGAGUCCAUCGAUGGUGCCCGGUACCAUGCCCUCCUGAUCCCCAGCUGUCCUGGGGCCCUGACCGACCUGGCCAGCAGUGGCUCCCUGGCCCGUAUCCUGCAGCACUUCCACUCUGAGAGCAAACCCAUCUGCGCCGUCGGCCACGGUGUCGCCGCCCUGUGCUGUGCCACCAACGAGGACAGAUCCUGGGUGUUCCAUGGCUACAGCCUGACAGGGCCCUCUGUGUGUGAGCUCGUCAGGGCCCCCGGCUUCGCCCGCCUGCCGCUCGUGGUGGAGGACUUCGUGAAGGAUUCGGGCGCCUGCUUCAGUGCAAGCGAGCCUGACGCUGUCCACGUCGUGCUGGACCGCCACCUGGUCACGGGCCAGAAUGCCAGCUCCACUGUCCCGGCCGUGCAGAACCUGCUCUUCCUCUGUGGCAGCCGGAAAUGAACCUGCUGGGUAGAUGCACCCCCUGAGACAGCCCAGGUGUCUCCAGAGACAGCCCCGUCUCAGGCUUCAGGGACCCCGCCUCUUCCCUCCUGACAAGGGCCCUGGAUGGCAGCCUGGUCUGGCCCUGAUGGGAUUGUUGGAGGCCUCCUGGAAUCAGCUCUGAGGGGGUGUCGGCUCUCCUGGAGGGUCCAAACCCCCAUCCUCCUGCAUGUUCUCUGGUAGGAGGCAGAGAAAAGACCCCACGUGCCUGGAGAGCUGUGCUAGCUGCUAGGUGGUCCUCGGGAAUUCCAGGCUGGGUGUUCUAGGGAGGACUGGUUGUCACGUGUAGUCACUGUUGACUAGACAGAGUCGGCUCGGGGGUCCUCUGUGUGGGUUUGCCCUGCUGUGGCCUGUCCGCCACCCACCACCUCUUUCACUGUUGGUGGGGGCCUUGAGGGGAGGGCCCAGCCGGCGGGAGCUGGCUCAGAACUUUGGCCAAAGGUGAAUGGAAUUUUUUAGGAUAAGCAGCCUCCUGCCCCAAGGCCGACCGGCACUGGCAGCACUUUCCUGUUGAAGAAAUCUUCCUGGUGUGUGGUUUCAAAGUGUAAGCACCUCAGCGAUGCACCCUGUCCUGUCUAAGCAUUGAGAGGCACGUUUUCUUGUGAAUAUGAGACCAUGAGAUUCUCAAUGAUAGGAAAAUGCUGUCCCCCACGGCCUUGCAGAGUGGCCUCGGGUAGAGCGGCUAUCAAGAGCAGACAGUGGUCCAGCCUUCUGGGCACCUGGCCUGGGCCGUGGCCCUCCAGCGGGCUGCCCCCUGGCCCCAGUGUAGGGUGUCCAGGAGAGGCUUAGGCCCUCUACUUCCUCACAGUUCCCCAGUUUGAGCCAUCGAAGGCCUUCUUCCUGCCCACCUCCCUGUCUCAGCCACAGCCGUUCCCAAGCACCAGCGUGGCUCCUGGUGCCAGUGACCUGCCAGGAGGCCCCUUGUGAUUAUAAAACCGUUCAGUUGGGCCGGGCGCAGUGGCUCACACCUGUAACCCCAGCACUUUGGGAGGCCGAGGCGGGCGGAUCACGAGGUCAGGAGAUCGAGACCAUCCUGGCUAACACGGUGAAACCCCAUCUCUACUAAAAAACAAAAAUACGCCGGGCGCGGUGGCUCACGCCUGUAAUCCCAGCACUUUGGGAGGCCGAGGCGGGCGGAUCACGAGGUCAGGAGAUCGAGACCAUCCCGGCUAACACGGUGAAACCCCGUCUCUACUAAAAAUACAAAAAAAUUAGCCGGGCGUGGUAGCGGGCGCCUGUAGUCCCAGCUACUCGGGAGGCUGAGGCAGGAGAAUGGCGUGAACCCGGGAGGCGGAGCUUGCAGUGAGCCGAGAUUGCGCCACUGCACUCCAGCCUGGGCGACAGAGCGAGACUCCGUCUCAAAAAAAAAAAAAAAAAAAAACCAAAAA